CCCUCUGCGGCUGCUUGCAGCCUCGUCCUGCAGGCUACUCCACUCGUCCACUCCAACAGGCAUGGCCACAUUCCCACUUUGAGCUGGUGUCCUCUUUUUGCAUGGACAUUUAAGCGUGAGCUUUGUCGCUGUGCCCUUGGGUUCGAUGCGCGGGGUGGGGGCGCCAUGGCCAGCCCGAGCGAGCAGCAGCAGCAGCAACAGCAGGAUUAUUUCCGAUCGGCGAGCAGCGAGUCCACGACCUACAUGAUGGUUCCGACCGGGGGGCCCAGCGGCGGCGCGGGGCGGCGGGAAGCGCCGUCCAAGAUGUGGGUGGCCCUGGUGGUGGCGGUGGUGGUGGUCCUGCAGGUGGCCUCCACCACGGGGCUCUUCGUCUACCUGAACAUGUCCAUCUCGCAGGUGCGCAGUCAGGGGGUGACGGAGGAGCUCAAAUGUCUGAGUUUGCUCAACGCUCUGGACCAGGACAUCCCGGAGCAGCUGGCCCAGCUCCUUGGAGAACCUUGCAUCAAGCUGGCUGAAGGCAUCAAAGCCUACAUCUCCAAGGUGACUGAGAACAUGAUCUCCAAACAAACCUUUAUGGUGGCCAGAACCAUGCCUCGCUCUUUCAACAACUCGGGGUCAAAGUUCUUGAGCUCAGUUGUCCAAAGGCCUUCGGCCCAUUUGACCCUGCGGGACACCAGUUUGCAAGCAGGGUACCCUCAGACGGGACUCCACCAGUCCUGCCGCCACGUGGUGCGCUCGUGGGCCAAUAGGAGCUUGGGCGCUCACCUGCACAACAUGACCCUGAGCAACGGCAGGCUGCGGGUUCCCCAGGACGGCCGCUAUUAUCUGUACUCGCAGGUGUACUUCCGCUACCCGUCGCCCGCCAGCGGUGACGUGGACCAGCGCAGCGCCAGCCACCAGCUGGUGCAGUGCGUCUACAAGAAGACCUCCUACCCGAGUCCCAUUCAGCUUCUGAAGGGGGUCGGCACCAAGUGCUGGGCGCCUGACGCGGAGUACGCCCUCCAUUCCGUCUACCAAGGGGGACUUUUUGAGCUGAGGGCCGGCGACGAAAUCUUUGUCUCCGUCUCGUCACCGACUAUGCUUAACGCAGACGAGUCCUCCAGCUACUUCGGCGCCUUCAGACUGGACCUCUGAGCGCCGGCGUAAAUGGGAGGACCAUCCGCGAACCAGAGGAGGACCGAGGUCCGGAAGUUGACUUUUCCCGCUUUGCUUGGAAGGAUGCGCAGAACCGCUCGACAGGCGAGGAACUCGAUGAGAGUGAAAAGGCGGGACAAAGUCCUGACAACUUCUUUGAGCCAGAGCAAACCACUAAGGGGGCAAAAAGACACAAGGCUGCUGAUGAACAUGUUUUAAUCCUCCGGGAAGGAUUUUUUUUUUUUUUUUUUAGCAAUAAUGAGUGCUGCUUUUCUUGCGAGGGAAUCCUAAGUUUUGGACUCCGGACCGAAGAAUGUACAGACAAUAAAACGUUGAAGGAAUGCGGAGCAGAAAUCACACGUGCCAGGACGAUUGUGUGUACAUACAAAUCAGUGAAGGGUGGUGAUAUGAAAAAGUCGACCAUUUGUACUUUUGCUUUGACAGUUUAAAGCCACUUGUGGUUCUCACUGAGAACUUUUUUUUAAGGGAGGACAGUGAUGAAGAGGAAAAGGAGGAGGAGGAGACUGAGCCAGAUGAAGGGAAAAAAAAAAAAACUAGGUCGAGGCUCACCAGCAGCCGGACCAGUUUAGCCUUGUCUUUCUCUUUCUCGUGUAAAUAGUCCAACUCCAAUGACAAACCUGGUCUUUCCUGCAUAACCGGCAAAGCCCAACUUGGAAUAUUUGCACAAGUUUCACUAAAGUUUACAUUUUAUACACAAAUUAAACCUUUGGACGAUGUCCAGUACUCAAUAAAGCAAAAAU